AUGGAGGAAAUCGAGACAGAGAUUAUAAACACCACGGAGCAAAUCGGUAAAUUAGUCCACUGGCUCGUCCUCCGCCAUUCGCCGCCAGCCCCAUUCAGACCAACCAUGUACAUAGAUCUUGAAGGCGUAAACCUCUGCCGUGAGGGAUCUGUUUCCAUUCUCACCCUCCUAGUCGAUACCGGUAUCCCGACUGCAUGUGUCUACCUAAUCGACGUGCAUACACUAGACGCACGAGCGUUUAACACGGCUGGUGCUAAAAAGACAACGUUAAAAGAGAGUGCAACAAGGAACACUACCGCAUCCCAGAAGUUCUUAAACGGUCUCACUAAGUAUGUCGAGAAAGAAUUUCCCAUAUCCUUCAAUGGAAAAGGCGAGCGAUUGUAUAAGGCCAAAUAUAACGGUUUGUAUGAUGUGUUCAACCAGCGUCCGAUUCCCGAAGAUAUAUUGUCUUACUGUGUUGGAGAUGUCUAG